CAUUGGUUUUUUGUUUUGCAGGGAGAUAUCCAGCAGCUGAUGAUCGCCGCUGACCACCGGGUGGCCGAUGACUAUUGUGAGCACUACAGCCCUGACUGUGAGGUGCCGGUUCCUGAAUCCACUCAGAACCAGGACCCAGAGCCAUAUGACUAUCCUCCUGGGGAAGACAACUAUGACUAUGAGUACCCUUACUAUGACACCGAUCCAGACCAGGUGAUGUCUACGGCGAGGACGGAGACGGCGGAGGACAUCACCACAAAAGUCUACCCCACGGACAGUUACGAUGGGGCUGCAUAUAAUUAUGAGACCUACGAGGAAACUGAUUUGGUCCCAGGAUCCCAUGAACAUGUGGUCAGUGGCGGGCCGGGUGCUGAGACACGGACAGACAUCGACCUGGGACUAGGAUUCAGAAGAGAGGUCGAUCUGAGUCCUGUGCCAGGCCUGGACAAAAUUGAAUCAGUUGUCACACAUAACAUGACCCAGGUUGUAAAUUAUGUGGACCGUGACACUGAGGAAUAUGGCAAUCUGGAUUACGGAUACGAGUACGGCUCAGAGGAAUACACUGAUGGGCACACUGGUACGGACCACAGCUCCACGGGCACUGGGAGCAGCUCAUCUAGCUCCGCGGGGGGGUCGGCUGGUACAGUGGGUGGAUCCACGGUCGUGUCCAGCGGAUCCACAGUCGUUUCCAGCGGAUCCACGGUCGUGUCCAGCGGAUCCACGGUCGUUUCCAGCGGAUCCACGGUCGUUUCCAGUGGAUCUGCAAGUGGUGUGGAUGUAUCAAUUGGAGCUGGAGCAGGAGCAGGAGCUGGAGCUGGAGCAGGAGCUGGAGCAGGAGCUGGAGCAGGAGCUGGAACAGGAGCUGGAGCUGGAGCAUCCCGAAUCGGUGGAGGGGCAACUGGUGCAGCGGGCGCAGCAGCUGGAACCGGAGGCAGCUCUGCUGGUGCUGGGGGUGGUCAGGGUGGCACUGAAGAGGCAGAGUACACAUACAACGUAGAUAAUUUCAAGGAGGAGGACUACACUUAUUACGAACAUUACACAGAUGCUGACACUGACACUGCAAAGCAGCUGCCCGCGGAAAAGGAUGAGUUCUAUGAAGUGGUCGACGGCGCCAGAGGCGAGAAGGGGCAGAAAGGAGAGCCGGCCAUCAUUGAGCCCGGAAUGCUGCUCGAAGGCCCAGCUGGUCCUGAAGGCCCCACUGGUCUGCCUGGCCCCCCAGGAUCAUCUGGCCCCCCUGGUCCGGCUGGAGACUCUGGAGAGAGGGGUCCCCCCGGCCGCCCAGGGAUUCCCGGAGCAGAUGGCCUGCCAGGACCCCCAGGGACUGUCUUGAUGCUGCCUUUCCGCUUCAGCGCUGGCGGGGACGCUGGUCAGAAGGGACCUGCCAUGUCAGCACAGGAAUCUCAGAUGCAAGCCAUCAUGCAGCAGGCCAGGCUGGCUAUGCGUGGUGCUACCGGCCCAAUGGGUCUGACUGGACGACCAGGACCUCUGGGCCCCCCUGGCGUUAAUGGGUAUAAAGGAGACCCUGGUGAUUCCGGCCCGCAGGGACCUCGUGGUCCCCAUGGCUCCAUGGGGCCCACCGGGAAGCCAGGCCGACGGGGACGUUCUGGAGCGGAUGGAGCCAGAGGCAUGCCCGGGCAAACAGGAGCAAAGGGUGAGAGAGGCUUUGACGGAUUGGCUGGACUUCCUGGGGAAAAGGGACACAGAGGUGAGUCAGGAGCAGCAGGCCCUCCUGGUCCAUCCGGAGAAGACGGUGAGAGGGGUGACGAUGGAGAGAUUGGACUCAGGGGGCUGCCUGGUGAACCAGGACCUCGUGGAUUGCUGGGCCCAAAAGGACCCCAAGGAGCUCCUGGUUCUCCUGGGGUGACUGGAAUGGAUGGCCAUCCCGGACCCAAAGGGGGCAUUGGGCCACAAGGUGAACCUGGCCCCCCAGGACAGCAGGGAAAUCCAGGCGCUCAGGGUCUUCCAGGACCUCAAGGACACAUUGGGGCUCCUGGAGAUAAGGGUCCCACUGGCAAGCCAGGCCUACUGGGAGUGGCGGGAGCGGACGGCCCUCCAGGUCAUCCAGGAAAGGAAGGACCGCAUGGCGAAAAAGGAAACAUGGGUCCCAAUGGUGCACAAGGUCCGAUUGGCUAUCCCGGACCCAGAGGUGUAAAGGGAGCUGAUGGUGUUCGUGGAUUAAAGGGAACUAAAGGAGAGAAGGGAGAAGAAGGAUUCCCUGGAUUUAAAGGAGACAUGGGUGGCAAGGGUGACCGAGGGGAGAUAGGAGCUGCUGGACCUAGAGGCGAGGAUGGACCAGAGGGUCCCAAAGGCCGCGCUGGUCUUCCUGGGGAUUCUGGCCCCAUCGGCCCGUUUGGGGAGAAGGGAAAGCUUGGCAUUCCGGGAUUGCCAGGUUAUCAGGGAAGACAAGGUUCAAAGGGCUCUCAAGGAUUUCAAGGAUUUCCAGGAGCCAAUGGAGAAAAAGGCACACGGGGAACAGCUGGAAAACCAGGCCCCCGUGGCCAGAGGGGGCCAACUGGUCCACGUGGAGAAAGGGGUCCGAGGGGCCCAACUGGAAAACCGGGACCAAAGGGUACCUCAGGAACUGACGGGCCUCCUGGGCCCUCGGGUGAAAGGGGUCUGCCAGGGCCUCAAGGUCCAACAGGAUUUCCAGGACCAAAGGGUCCCCCGGGGCCGGCUGGAAAAGACGGGCUGCCGGGACAUCCUGGACAGAGAGGCGAAACAGGUUUCCAAGGCAAAACAGGACCACCAGGACCUCCUGGUGUUGUGGGACCACAGGGCCCCACAGGUGAGACUGGGCCAAUGGGGGAGCGAGGACACCCAGGACCACCUGGACCCCCAGGAGAACAAGGUCUUCCAGGAGCCGGUGGAAAAGAGGGAUCCAAGGGUGACCCAGGUCCUGCCGGCCCGGCAGGGAAAGACGGCCCCCCAGGUUUGAGAGGCUUUCCUGGGGAACGAGGCCUACCCGGACCCACGGGAUCUCCUGGUUUGAAAGGAAACGAAGGCCCCAACGGUCCACCUGGACCAGCCGGCUCCCCUGGAGAAAGAGGCCCUGCUGGUGCAGCCGGACCCACUGGCCUUCCGGGACGUCCGGGACCCCAAGGUCCCCCGGGUCCCGCUGGAGAGAAGGGUACCCCGGGUGAGAAGGGUCCUCAAGGGCCAGCUGGAAGAGAUGGGAUUCAAGGUCCAGUUGGACUCCCAGGACCUGCAGGUCCCCUGGGGCCCCCUGGAGAGGAUGGGGAUAAGGGUGAGGUUGGUGAGCCAGGACAGAAGGGCAGCAAAGGCGAUAAAGGGGAACACGGUCCUCCCGGUCCCACCGGUCCACAAGGCCCAAUUGGACAACCUGGUCCUGCUGGAGCUGAUGGGGAACCUGGACCCAGAGGACAGCAGGGACUCUUUGGGCAAAAAGGCGAUGAAGGACCCAGAGGCUUCCUAGGACCUCCUGGGCCAAUCGGCCUCCAGGGACGUCCUGGUUCUACUGGUGAGAAGGGUGAGACCGGAGACGUCGGCCAGAUGGGCCCCCCCGGCCCCCCUGGCCCCAGAGGCCCCUCAGGACCCCCCGGCGCAGACGGUUCCCAGGGGCCACCUGGUGGCAUUGGCAACCCAGGCGCUGUGGGAGAAAAGGGUGAAUCUGGUGAAACUGGAGAACCAGGACUUCCAGGAGAUCUCGGUGCACCAGGUCCCAGAGGUGAACGGGGUGAAAAGGGCGAAGCUGGCCCUCCUGGUGCUGCUGGGCCCCCUGGUCCCAAAGGUCCUCUUGGAGAUGACGGUCCCAAGGGCAGCCCGGGUCCAAGUGGAAUUCCUGGGGAUCCAGGUCCCCCUGGGGAGCCUGGUCAAACUGGUCUGGAUGGGCUACCUGGUGACAAAGGAGAUGAUGGAGAAGCUGGUCAACCUGGAUCUCCUGGCCCCACUGGAGAACCUGGUCCUUCUGGCCCUCCUGGGAAGAGAGGUCCACCUGGUCCUAUUGGACCCGAAGGAAGACAGGGCGAAAGGGGAGCUAAGGGUGAGUCUGGUCUGGAAGGACCUCAGGGGAGGACAGGCCCAGUCGGGCCUCAGGGAUCUCCUGGCAAGCCCGGCUCAGAAGGUCUUAGGGGAAUCCCAGGCCCAGUUGGUGAACAGGGUCUCCCAGGUUCUCCUGGCCCAGAUGGACCCCCUGGACCAAUGGGUCCACCUGGAUUACCUGGCCUUAAGGGUGACACUGGUGUUAAGGGAGAAAAGGGACACCCUGGGCUGAUAGGGCUGAUUGGACCUCCAGGAGAACAGGGAGAAAAGGGUGACAGAGGGCAUCCAGGACCUCAAGGUGCAUCCGGUCCUAAAGGCGACAAUGGUAUUGUGGGCCCUGCUGGUCCCAUCGGCCCCCCUGGACCCCCCGGAUUACCAGGUCCUUCUGGUCCAAAAGGUGCUAAGGGCUCAUCUGGUCAAACUGGUCCAAAGGGUGAAGCAGGUGUCCCAGGAUCCCCAGGCCCUCCAGGUCCCCCUGGUGAUGUCAUCCACCCGCUGCCAAUCCAGUCUAGCCCCAAGAGGAGCAGGAGGAACAUUGAUGCCAGCCAGCUCAUGGACGACCCGGACUCCGAUGCCAAUUACAAGGACUAUGACGAUGGCAUGGAGGAGAUCUUUGGCUCGCUGAAUUCUCUGAAGCUGGAGAUCGAGCAGAUGAAGCACCCACUUGGCACUCAGAACAACCCAGCACGAACCUGCAAGGACCUGCACUUGUGUCAUCCUGAUUUCCCUGAUGGUGAAUACUGGAUUGACCCCAAUCAAGGAUGCUCCCGGGAUUCCUUUAAGGUUUACUGUAACUUCACUGCAGGGGGAGAGAGCUGCAUCUACCCAGACAAGAAGUCUGAAGGAACAAGACUCACUUCUUGGCCAAAGGAGAAUCCAGGCACCUGGUUCAGUGAAUUCAAACGCGGUAAACUGCUCUCCUAUGUGGACUCUGAGGGCAGCCCCGUCGGCGUGGUUCAGAUGACCUUCCUGCGGCUCCUCAGCGCCUCGGCCCGGCAGAACCUCACGUACAGCUGCUACCAGUCGGUGGCCUGGCAUGAAUCGGAGCAGGACAGCUACGACAAGGCUGUCCGCUUCCUGGGCUCCAACGACGAGGAGAUGUCACACGACAACAACCCGUACAUCCGCGCUCUGCUGGACGGCUGUGCGCUAAAGAAGGGCUAUGAGAAAACAGUACUUGAGAUCGACACGCCCAAGGUAGAGCAGUUACCCUACGUCGACAUCAUGUUCAAUGAUUUCGGUGAAGCCUCACAGAAAUUUGGAUUUGAAGUGGGACCAGUUUGCUUCCUGGGCUGAGACGGUGUUUCCAGAAACACAGCAGCAAGGUACGAACUUUCUGAACGCAGCGAAAAAAAAGAACGAAAAAAACAACAAGAAGUAAAACCACAGUUUGUGCCAUUCUGUCUCCAAAAUGUAAAGAUUCAAAACAAGGGAAAAAAAUAAUAAGAUUUAAACGUAAAGAGCAACCUCGUAACCUCAGUGUAGCUUUGCCGUCACAUGCAGGUUUUGAAAACGGACGAGUCGCUCCCUUUUCUGUCACCCUCCCCCUCGUCCCCCCCGCUUCCCUAAACCCCAAAACUGUUUCCCAGUGCCGAUCCCAGCACACCUCUGAGUAGCUCCAAUUAUAUUCUUCACGUUUCCCUGAAGCACCCUAUCAGAAACCUUACACCUGUGGGAAGGCGGGACUUGCGAUGGCCAGCUCCAAUGACCAUUGAGCGUGCUUUCUCCUUUCCUCUUCUUUAAACCUUGAAGCUUUAUUUUGUGCAUAAUGUUUACCCAUUCCUCCGAAUGGUGCUUAUACAUAUAUAAAUAUAAAUAUAUAUUUUUGUGCGUGUGUUUGCGUGUGUGUGUGCAUUUGUAUAUGUGUAUGUGUGCGUGCAUUUGUAAGUUUUGUAUAUUUUUUCCUUGUUAAUGUUUAAUAAUUAUGGCUUCAAAACAUGCAUGUGACCUUUAUGGUAAGGAUGGAGAUAAUUGUUCAACAAAAGACCAACUCGGAGAGGGGAACAUUUGGAAGUGGAAGAAACCAGCACUGACAUCUUGAUGCAGGAGUGAAGCACAUCUUUUUGUAAUUUAAAUUAUAAUAAAGGUUGGAAAUGAACACAGUGCUAUCACCUGAGUGUUGACUUACAAGCAGAAUGGUUACUAUGACAGCCUCUUUGUCUCUGCUCCUCUGUUGUAAAAUGCCUAUUGCAAACUUUGGUAUAGCUGAGUACUUGUCAGGUUAGGCUUAAGGUAAGGUAAAUUUUUCCCUGUUUUACUCCUUAAACAUACACAACAAUACUGGCAAUGAUAAAUGGGAGAAAUAUCACAUUAUUACAGUAAACAAUACCAUAGGUGCUAUUUUAUUACGUAUCUGGUGCUGUGUAUUUUAUAAUUGUGUACAUAAAGGACAACACUGAUGAUGUCUAACAUUAAUCUCCCAGCUAAUAACUUGUGGUUUCUGUCUGUGGCUGCUUUUCUCUGCAUACCCUCACAUUGCUGUGCAGAACCAGACUGUUUCAUAUCUUUUUAUGAUAUAUGGGAACCCCAGAAAAUGAUAAAUCUGUAAUAACAGCAAUGUUUCAUUUUAAUAAUUACAGAUUGAUUGUUGAAUGUGCGUCACAUUUAAUCUAUAUUAAAAAAAAAAAAAAACUUGGGGGACUUACUAGGAUUGGUUAUGUUGGUUCAUGGUCACUGGAUUUCAUUGGGCACAAUGCGUACAACGAUUUACAGUUUUGCAGAAUCCCAGUGUAAAGUGACCUGUGUAGCUUUCUUUCCCAAUUUGUAAGAUUCUGUGCUUUGUGGCAAUCAGACUAUGCCAAAGAGCUUUGGCAGAAACCUUAACAGAAGGGCAUGUAAUAGGAAACCCGCACUUUGUCUUUCUCUGGCGUUGCAUUCUUUCCAUUUAAAAAACUUGAAUUCAACAAGGACAAUCAAAAGACACAAAAAAUGUUUAAACAAGAAGGUUUCUUCUUACUUUUUAUUUAUUUUUUAGGCUAAAACAGCAUCAUGUUCUCCUGUCAAAUCAAAGCGUGCUCACAGAGAUAGGACUGUAUGCUCUCUUACACGUAUAUUACAAUACUCUUGCCAUUACCUUGCCCUGCCGUAGUGCCUUUCUAAAUCAAAUAUUCUUCUCUGCAUUGCUUUUUUGCUUUCAAGGAUUUACCACACACACACACACACACACACACACACUUUUGUUGCAGUUUGAAUAAUUGUUUUGCUUUUUAAAAUAAUUUGACUUGAACAAUUUUUGAUCCAAUAAAUGCAAACAUAAAUUAAAUAUGAAUUGUUGGUGCAAUGGGUCUCUUUUAGCAUAAAGUUCAUUUUUGUAAUUUUUUUGAACCAUCAGAAACACCUGUCUAGCCAAUAAAGGUUUUCUUGUUUUCCUUGAAUGUGUGUUUUUGAAUCCUGUCAAACCUGUGUAAGAAAGGAUAGAUAUAUUGUUUUUCUGUCAAUAAAUUUCAGUUUACUUUAAAUUCCUUCUACUCCUCUAAGGUGUGCAUCUUGUACAGUAUGUCUUUUAAAGCAUUAAAUUUUAUAUGCAUGCAUGAA